AUGGGUGAGAGGCUUCUUAAGCGGGCCCAACCUCAUGCCCAAUCUGCUGCUCUGAUGACCCCUGCUAUGUGGGGAAAGGUCAAGAGCACCGUCAUGGAGGUGGACAAAUGUGUCCACACCUUAACUGAGAGCUUUGAGCCCUUUGCGCCCAAAGCUUGCCCCAGCGAUCAGCUACUGGACCACUACGCAGACUGUCUCCACUUUGACGAGCGUGAUCCUACCCAGGAUAGGCGCCCAUACCUAGAUGAGCUCACAUCUGUAGCUGCCACUCUGAAGUAUAAAAAAUGGACAGUUGUCCAACAAAGGUUAUACAUCAGAGUGCACAACUAUCCUCCUGGACAACUGUCUAUUAUGCACAGUUGUAGAGUGAUAUAG